UACUCGAAUUUUUUCUUAUCCUGAACAUACUGGCAUUAGUCUCCACGACAUUUUCCGAUAAAUUCGUAUGCGGAGAAGUGUUUAACUUAUUCGUAGCUUUCAAAUACAUCAUGCAGUUCUUUGUUAUUGGUAUGAUCGUAUUCUUGACUUUUCAGUUCUCGUUAAUUAAACGAAUUCGUUUAAAUCUUCCUAGUUGUAAAUUUUGCUAUGAAGUGGAGAAAACAUUAAUUACAUCCUUAGAAUUUCAAUUUGCGGUUUUCUUUGCAGUCAUUGCUUUACUGCAAGUCACAUUUUACUUAAUGCUUGACUUUUCUCUAUAUUUUGCCAUGGAAAAGGCAACUGUAAUGGAAUUUCUUCUUUGCAAUAUCGAUUGGGCAUUAUUGUUAUUAUUUUUAGUAGGACAAAAUGCUUGCAUAUUAUUCCUUCUUUAUAAUUAUUUACUCUUAUUGUUUAAUGGAUUUAACGCAUUGUCGAACAAGCUCGAUGUUCUUCCUCGUGGAAGGAGCAUGAUCAAAGAUCUAAUCGUAUACAUAAUCGAAGAACAUACAGAAUUAAUGGAAAACGUUCGAAACGCCAAUAACCAACUCGACAUGUACUUUCCUAUUGUUUACUGCAGUAGUUUAUAUGGGUUCAGUAUCCUGGUAACCAUUACUUUGUUUUACGAUUUACCGGCAGAGUUUAAACUGCUUGCAUUUUUUCUUAUCAUAAACGCAAUUUUCGGAUUUAUGAUAAUGUCAUUGGGUUUAUCCAAAUUUACAUCCUCGAUUUACGGAAAUUUCAACGAGAUUAAUAAAUUUUCCUCGUGCAGAUUCUCUCUGGUUUUUAAAUUGAAGAUGCUAAAUUUUAUGAAGAGAUUCGGAAAAACACCCAUUGGAAUUUCUUUCGGUGGAUUUUAUCGGGUCAAACGCGAUUUCCCGAUUAAGAUGAUGAGUAGUCUUUACUCUAUUCUUUCUGCACUAAUCGAACUGGGAAAGAAGAAUGAAAGUACGAAAUGUACUUCAUCACGUUUGCUGAAUGCAAGUAAUAUUCAGAACACAUCACUGUAUUGAGAACGUGUCAACGUGAUUACAUAAAAUCAACGAAGAUUCGUUGAAUUGAGGAAACGAUUUGCAGCUUGUCGAGAUACUACUGAUUUUUCUAUAACUACAUACGGGAAUCCCUACAUAAACGGGAAUAACUACAUAUCCGUGAAUGAAUAUAAAACAUUUAUAAUAUUGAAUAACUGGAAGCACUUCUUAUAUGUACGAACACAAAAAGUAAUGUACUGUACACUUGAUGAGUAGUGUAGAAAAUAAAGUU